AGCUUGAUACAAAACAAAAAUAGUAGGUAAGAAAAAACAAACCAAUGGGCUUAAAAGUCGAUAUAAAAAGCCCAAAUAAGGCCUAAACGACAAAGAAGGCCCAUAUAAUCAUCCCAUUUUCACCCACCAUUGUUUCCGUUGGAAGCUCUUUGAAAAAACAAACUCUCUUCGAAUUCUCCGUCUCUCUCGAUCGAAUCGGCAAUGGCUGCUUCCAGCUCCGUUUUCACAACCUCUCCGUCGCGAAAUCUUUCUCUUAUCCGUCUUCAUCAGUCGCUAUCUCCACCGUUGAUCAGAUCCAGCUCCGUCGCGUUUCGUCCCAAACGACGAUCCAGCUCGCUCGUCUUGUGCUCCACUGAUGAAUCAAAGAGCAACACAGAGAAAGAGAUCCCAAUUGAACUCAGGUACGAGGCGUUUCCGACAGUGAUGGACAUCAAUAAGAUACAAGAGAUUUUGCCUCACAGAUUCCCAUUUCUGUUAGUGGAUAGAGUGAUAAAGUACACAGCUGGUGUAUCUGCGACGGUAGCUAUUAAAAACGAUACCCUCAUGGUUGACAAUUUCUUUCCUGGGCAUUUUCCUGAGAGACCUAUAAUGCCUGGAGUUCUCAUGGUUGAGUCGUCUCUGCGCUCCAUCUUUCUCUCGUUGCACUAAGCUUCUCUCUCUCGCGGACGGUGAUUAUUAACCACUGGCUCAUUCUCUG